CCACUUAAUUCCGGCUCACAUGUGGAGUGCAUUCGAUUCGAACGCUACUCAACAAAAUGCAAACUUUACGUGAGUUUACGCGUAAAACCAAGCGCGGGAAUAUCUUGAAGAUCGUACGGGAGCAUUAUCUGCGCGACGACAUCGGAUGUGGCUCCGAUCUGUGCCGGCAGUGCUUCCAAAAUGAGGUCUACCAGCUGACCUCGCAGCAUGAGAUCCGGAGCACCUUCUUCAAGUGCCCGCACUACCUCGUUUUGGACACCAAUGUGGUGCUGGAUCAGAUUGACGUUCUGGAGGAGGAUGUGCUCCGCAACGUGGUCGUCCUCUCCACUGUGCUCAACGAGGUGAAGCACAAGAGUUCGUCCAUAUACAAGCGCUUAAAUGAACUCAUCCACGAUCGCACCAGGAACUUCUAUGUGUUCGUCAACGAGCACCACAAGGACACCUAUGCAGAUCGCGAACCAGAUGAAACUGCCAACGAUCGCAAUGAUCGCGCCAUCCGUUUGGCCACCAAAUGGUAUGAUGACCACUUGCAGGCCUCGCAAUCCCCUAAAGACUUGGAGCGCACUGGUCGGGCUGCAACGCGGGUGAUCCUGCUGACCGAUGAUGCCGGGAAUCGCGCCAAGGCCGAGGCCGAAGGCAUUCUGGUUUCCUCCGCCGCGGAGUACGUGAAAUCCCUCGAGGACUUUCCACUUCUGGUGGACAAGCUGUCGCACAAGACGUUCGAGAACGAGAAGAAGGGUCUGCCCCAGUAUCCGCCGCAUCUCAGCAUGAAGGAGCUGCUGGAGGGUCUGCGCCAGAAGAAGCUGCUGCAGGGCGCCUUCCAGGCCUCCAGAGAAAACUAUCUCGAAGGCAGUGUCAAUGUGGAGCAGUUUGAAAAAGGCAUCCUAAUCCAAGGCCGCGAAUCCCUCAACCGAGCAGUGGAUGGCGACCUGGUGGCCGUGGAGCUGCUGCCCGAAGAGGAGUGGUCGGCGCCCAGUGAAAUCGUGCUGGAGGAGAAGAACGUCUACGCGGAUGAGGUGCCCAGCGAAGAACGCGCCGAGGAUGAGAAGGACAUGCUGAAGCAGGUGCGGGCCGCUGCCUCAUCCGCUGAGCGCACACCCACGGGACGGAUUGUGGGCAUUGUGCGCCGCAAGUGGCGACAGUACUGCGGCAUCCUGCAGCCCAGCUUGAUAGAGGACACAAAUCGGCACAUCUUUGUGCCCGCCGACCGCAAGAUUCCCCGCAUCCGCAUCGAAACUAGGCAGGCGGCCAAGUUGCUGAAUCAACGCAUAAUCGUGACCAUCGACACGUGGCCGCGGAACUCGCGCUACCCGCACGGACACUUUGUGCGCUCCCUGGGUCCCCUCGGCGACAUGGCCACCGAGAACGAGGUGAUUCUGUUGGAGCACGACGUGCCGCACUGCAAGUUCUCGGACGAGGUGCUGAGCUUCUUGCCGCAGAUGCCCUGGACAAUCACCGAGGAGGACUAUGCCAAGCGUGUGGAUCUCAGGGACCUGUACAUCUGCUCAGUGGAUCCGCCGGGCUGCACUGAUAUCGAUGAUGCACUCCACUGCCGGGAGCUGCCCAAUGGCAAUCUGGAGGUUGGUGUGCACAUCGCUGAUGUGAGUCACUUCAUUCGGCCAGGAAAUGCGCUGGAUAAGGAGGCAGGCGCCAGGGGAACCACCGUUUACCUGGUCGGCAAGCGCAUCGACAUGGUCCCUGAGUUGCUCAGCUCGAAUCUGUGCUCGCUGGUUGGCGGCGUCGAGCGCUUCGCCUUCUCCUGCGUGUGGGAGAUGGAUCAGGAGGCCAAUGUGUUGGGCAAGCGCUUCCACAAGAGCGUCAUCAAGUCGAAGCGUGCCAUGACGUACGAGGAGGCACAGGUGAUUAUCGACGACUCCACGCAGCAGAAUGAAAUUGCCAAGUCUCUGAGGAAUCUUAAUCGGCUGGCCAAGAUCCUCAAGAAACGGCGCAUGGACAAUGGAGCCCUGGUCCUGGCCUCGCCGGAGAUUCGCUUCCAGGUGGACAGCGAGACACACGAACCUCUCGAAGUGGAGGUCAAGCAGAUGCGCGAGACCAACUCCAUGGUGGAGGAGUUCAUGUUGCUGGCCAACAUCACCGUGGCCGAGCACAUUGCGACGGAGUUCUCUGAGUGUGCGGUGUUGCGUCGCCAUCCCCGGCCGCCGCCCACCAAUUUCGAUCCGCUGGUGAAGGCCGCCCGCUACCAGGGCUUCCAGGUGGACAUUGAGUCGGGUCUGGAGCUGUCGUAUUCGCUGGACAAGUGCGUCAAGGCGGACAAUCCGUACUUCAACACCAUGAUCCGCAUCCUGACCACGCGCUGCAUGAUGCAGGCGGUGUACUUCAUCAGCGGCAGUCUGCAGAAGGAGGAGUUCUUCCACUACGGCCUGGCCGCGCCCAUCUACACGCACUUCACCUCGCCCAUCCGUCGUUACUCCGACAUAAUGGUUCAUCGCCUGCUGGCCGCCUCCAUUGGCGCGGAUAGCACCUACGCCCAGUUGCUGGAGCGCAAGUCGAACGAGGAGCUGUGCCACAACCUGAACUACCGCCACAAGAUGGCCCAGUAUGCAGGUCGCGCUUCGGUGGCCCUCAACACGCAUCUCUUCUUCCGCGGCAAGGAGGAGGACGAGGAAGGGUAUGUGCUAUUCGUGCGCAAGAACGCUCUGCAAGUGCUGAUCCCAAAAUACGGCCUGGAGGGCACUCUGUAUCUGAAGUCCGACAAGGAGGGCAAGGAUGGACUGGAACGCACAAAGAGCGAGAUCGUGUUCACCUUCAACGAGGAGGAUUACACCCAGCGAUGCGGCGACGUGGUCUUCCACUCCUUCGACCCGGUCACCGUUCGACUUAGCCUGGACUCCAGCAACGUGCAGCACGAGAAGCUGAUCUUCCGACUGGUCAAGCCGUACAUCAAGGGCUUCAGUGUGGAAACGGAAAACGUUAAAGCUGAUGCCCAGCCGGCUGCCACGCCCCCGCCUCCGAAGAAGACCAAGAAGGACAAGAAAAAGAAGUAAUCCCUUUGCACCUAAAACUAAGUUGAAUUAGGCUAAGCUGAGAAAACAUGUAACUACAAUCAUUUUGUACAAAUGAAUUAGUUCUAUAAUUCCA